GAGCAUGAUCCGUUUUUCUUCCUUGGACACACAUUCAAAAUAAUACACCCUCUGCUUCCACUCACUUUUUCAUUCAAUCAUCGUCUUCUUCUAUUUUAUCUUUUCUCUUUCCUUCACUCUCUUCAAUUCUUCCCAUAUGCAUCGUAAUAGUAAUCAUUAUGGAAGCCCCUGAUUGUAUGUAUCGUGGUGAAGCAUUGAGCAUUCCUCCAAGCGCUCCUACCCCAAAACAUUCUCUCUAUCUGUCCAAUCUCGACGACCAAAACUUCCUAAGGUUUUCCAUCAAAUACUUGUACCUCUUCAACAAGUCCUUGAACUUGGAUGUGUUGAAGUCUUCUCUGGCCAGAGUUCUGGUGGAUUAUUACCCCUUGGCCGGUCGCUUGAGGACCGUCGAUCAUCAGAAGCUCGAGGUCGAUUGCAAUGGACAGGGUGCUCUCUUUGCCGAGGCUUUCACUCACACCACUCUUCAUCAACUUCUCGAAUCUUCCAAGACUCCAAACAAAUCUUGGAAGAAGUUCUUGUAUAAGGUCGAAGCUCACACUUUCGUCGAUGUUCCUCCUCUCGUAGUCCAGGUAACGAGGCUGGGUUGCGGGGGAAUGAUCCUGUGCACGGCGAUCAACCACUGCGUAUGCGACGGCAUAGGCACGUCUCAGUUUCUACACGCCUGGGCACAGCUCACGAAAAAGCCAGAAGCGGAAUUGACGAUCAUGCCCUUCCACUGGCGCCACGUGCUGAAACCCAGACACCCUGCGCAGGUAAAGUUCCGUCACGCGGGCUACACCGCACCAAACCCAACCCCUCAAGUGGACCUUCUAAAGUUCAUACAGUCACAGCCCUUGGUAGCCACAUCCUUCACCCUCACCCCCUCCCACGUCCUUCGCCUCAAGAAAGAGUGCGUCCCCUCCCUCAAGUGCACCUCCUUCGAAACCGUUGCGGCCCACACCUGGCGCUCUUGGAUUCGCUCGGUGGGCCAAUCCCUACCGUCCAAACUCACUGUGAAGCUCCUUUUCUCGGUCAACGUUAGAAGAACAGUUGACCUUCCGCAGGGGUAUUACGGGAACGGAUUCUUGCUAGCGUGCGCUGAGAGCAGCGUGGAGGACUUAGUGGACGGUAACCUGCGCCACGGAGUGAAACUUGUGCAGGAAGCUAAGGCGAGGUUGAAAGAGGAGGAGUACGUAAGGUCAAUGGUUGACCUGUUAGAGGACAAAACUGUAAAAACGGAUCUUUCGACGAGUUUAGUUAUUUCGCAGUGGUCUAGACUGGGGUUGGAAGAGGUGGAUUUUGGGGAAGGGAAACCUUUGCAUAUGGGUCCUUUGACCAGUGAUAUUUACUGCUUGUUCUUACCCGUCGCCGGUGACGCUAAUGCCGUCAGAGUGCUGCUGUCUGUCCCCGCGACCAUGGUGGAACGUUUUCAGUAUCACAUGAUGAGACGAAGUCGGGAAGAAAAUGAAGAAAACGGAUUCUUCUGAAUCUUGGUUCCCCGUGCGUGCGUACUCCAGUUUCAGUGUGUUCAACGUUGUUAUAUCGAUCUUUGUUCUGGUUUUUUGUUUUUGGUGGCAGUAAUUAAUAACAACCUAGUUUUACCUGAUGGCUUGGAGGAGAAGUUGAUUGGUGAUGGUGAAAGACAGGUUGAUGUGCAUCGUAUCCUCCUCAUUUUCUACAAUGUUGUUGGUCCACAAUGUUCGUGAUUUCUGACUCUGAUUGGUGAUGGACGCGUCGGUAUUACUGUCCCACAUAUUAUGUCUCAACACUUUCUUUCUGCCAUCA